AUGAACGAAGAGGAAAUGGCAUCCGCUUCUUGUGGUCUUGCUGCUGCAGAAACAGCAACUGCAGCAGCCAAUGGCGGCGCCGAGGGGAGCGACAUUCCCGAGGACGCCAAGAAACAUGGCUCGAAGACGCUGGUAGGGCCUCGACCUCCUCAAAAUGCGAUAUUUAUUCAUAAGUUGUACCAGAUCCUGGAGGACGACUCGUUGCACGACUUGAUAUGGUGGUCUCCAUCCGGUCUGUCCUUCAUGAUCAAGCCCGUGGAGCGGUUCAGUAAAGCCCUGGCCACGUACUUCAAGCAUACCAAUAUCACGAGUUUUGUGAGGCAGUUGAACAUUUACGGCUUCCACAAGGUGUCGCACGACCAUACUAGCAACGACACCAACAGUGGCGACGAUGGUAAUACCAACGAUGAUGCCAACGCAAACGACGAUAACGGUGGUAACAAGAACAGCAGUGGCGAAGAAACGACCGGCGCCGGCUCGCAAGAGAAGGAAAAGAGCAACCCCACCAAGAUCUGGGAAUUCAAGCAUAGCUCCGGUAUUUUCAAGAAGGGCGAUAUCGAGAGCCUCAAGCACAUCAAGAGAAGGGCUUCCUCGCGCAUCAACAGCAGGAAGAACUCGAGUAACCAGAACUACGAUAUGGACUCUAGUAUAAGAGCAAGACCCUCUUCUGCGCAAGACCCGGCUUCAACUUCCAGCGCCUUCAGUACCUACAUCCCGCAAAUUCCGGGCGCCAGCAGCUCUAUCCCUGAAUGUUUCUCUCACGUGCCUUAUGAAAACGCAAACCACGGCCCGUUAGAAUUCAAUAACCCGGAUGCACAGGAAACGAGCAGACCGCUUAGUUUCCAGGACGAAACUCUCACCCAUUUGAAGGACAUCAAUUUCGAUAUGAUCAAAAUUAUAGAGUCUAUGCAGCACUUCAUUUCCCUGCAGCACAGUUUCUGUUCGCAAAGUUUCACCUUCAAGAAUGUCAGCAAAAAAAAAUCCGAAAACAUCAUUAAGGACCACCAAAACCAACUCAAGAUAUUCGAAAACGAUAUGCUCACUUUCAAGCAGCACGUGAUGUCAAGAACACAUCGCACAAUAGAUGCGUUGCAUGCUACUGGCGCUGCCAUUUCAACCGCCACCGCUCCCACUCCAGUAUCCGCUCACAAACCCCAAUACGAAAUAAUGGUUGCUCCAAACAACCAGUACGCUCCGCAGAAAUCAGCAUUGAGCGCUAACAUCCCUUCAAGGUUCAACACCACUUCCGUACCGCCAUCCCAGUUUUUUAUCCAGUACCAACCGCAGCAACAGCAACAGCAACAGCAGCAGCAACAACAACAACAACAACAACAUCAACAUCAACAACAACAACAACAACAACAUCAUCAACACCAACAACAACAUCAACAACAACAACAACAACAACAUCAACAUCAACAUCAACAACACAUGACUUAUGCGAAACAACCACCGCAUAUGCCGAACUUCAUCAAUCAGCCCAUACCCAUCCAGCAGCUACCGCCACAGUACGCAGACACUUUCAACACUCCGCAAAUGAUGCACAAUCCCUUUGCCUCGAAGAACGGCAACAAACCAGGCAACACCAAGAGAACCAAUAGCGUUCUUAUGGACCCCUUGACACCUGCGGCCAGUGUCGGUGUCCAAGGUCCACUGAACUACCCCAUCAUGAACGUCAAUCCAUCGAUCCGUGACUAUAACAAGUGUCUCCCUCAAAAUACGGCUCCAAGUCCUAUAUAUCCUAUAAAUGAGCCCACAACUAGGUUGUAUUCUCAACCAAAAAUGAGAACUCUCGGGUCUACAAGCUCUUUACCCAACGAUAGGAGAAACAGCCCCUUGAAAUUAACACCAAGAUCCUCGUUGAAUGAAGAUAGUUUAUACAUCAAGCCUAGAAAUUCACUUAAAUCAAGCAUUUCGGGCACCUCAAUUUCCUCCUCCUUCACCCUGGUUUCCAACAACCCGGCUCCUAUUCGCUACUCUCAACAGGGACUGCUUCGUUCAUUGAAUAAAGCAGCCAAUUGCGCUCCGGAUUCAGCAACUCCAUUGGACCCCUCUGUCUUGACGGGUCCUACUCCUAAAAACAUGGACAAUCUACCCAUUGUUUCUUCAAAUUUAAUAAACUCUCCAAUGAACGUCGAACACGGCACAAGCAUAUCGAACCCGCAGCCUACAUCACAGAUGGAACUACCGCAGCCAUCGUUGCCCACAACAAACGUCACUAAAAGCAAUGACGAGACUGAUACUAUCAGAAGAUCUGGGAGUGGUGUUUAUUCCUUAUUAAAUAAGGAUGAUAGCAGUUCAGCCAAUGCUAAUCCUAAAGGUAAAGGGGAAACCACACCAGUAUCUAAGAAGGUCAGGUUGUGA